CGCUGUUGCGCGCGCGCGUGUGUUUUCAAAAACUAGAAAGAUAAAACUAGAACGUUUUGAGUGUACCGUGUAUUUAAGGAGUCCAAUAAGGAUAGAAAAACUAAUUGAGUUUUCUGAUCCAAAUAGUUUUCAAAUGACAAUCAACUUUAAACUGAAUUAAGGGCCUAGGCCUACUCAAAGAAAGCGUGCGCUGUUAAGGGGAUGUAAGUAAAUCGAAACAACAAACCCAAAGUUUGCCAACUGACCGUGUUCAUAUGCUGACUGCCAAGUUCAUUGGAUUUAAACAAGAGUUUUAUCCAACUGUGGUAAUGCUGGUUCUGGCACGAGCGUGUUUACGCAUAGGGUGUGUCCGCGUGAGCGUAGAAAAGGCAGUGGCCAAGGCAGAAAAUUACCCGUUGGUCCCACCCACAUCUCCCCGCUUGCCAACCCAGACAUUCCUCUUACUUUACAGUAGCUUACACUCGGCUUGAUAAAUGUCCUUUUACUAUCUCUAACGGCGUUUAUGGCGUUACCAGGCAGCUUUUCUCCGAAACAUACAUGCAGUAAGUGACGCGCUGGAGUUUUCAUUUUGGCAGCUGCAGUUUGUGCGCCUCCUUCUCUUCCUACUCUUUGAACAUUUCCUGAUUGCUUUCAGAUUUCUCUUCUGCCUCUGCGGUAAAAUCUCCUCGGCCUAUUUGUAAUUUGCUAAAAUCCACGGCCUUUCAGCAAGCAACAUGUAUCACGCUCUCCGCAAAGCCUUUUUCUCCGAUGCUCACUGUGUGAGCGAUUCGACUGCCAAGUCAUACGAAGAACUUUUCGCGAAGCUUGACACCAACAAGGAUGGGAUAGUGGAUGUGUCAGAGCUGAAAGCGGGCCUGUCGUCCAUGGGGGUAUACCUCGGCAAAGGCGCUGCGCAGAAAAUAAUGACGUCUGGGGAUGCUGACAAGAGCUCGGGGCUGGACCUGAACGAGUUCUCUGAGUACCUCAAGGAGCACGAGAAGAAACUCAAGUUGACCUUUAAGAGUCUGGAUAAGAACAAUGAUGGUCGGAUCGACUACAAGGAAAUAAAACAGUCUCUGACCGACCUGGGAGUGGGAGUGACAGACGAACAGGCCCAGAAGCUUCUACAGAGUAUCGAUGUGGACGGCACUAUGACGCUGGAUUGGAAUGAGUGGAAGGAGCACUUCCUGUUCAGCGCAGCGUCCAACCUGCAGGACAUCCUACGCUAUUGGAAACACUCCACGGUGCUGGACAUUGGGGACAGUCUGACAAUCCCAGAUGAGUUUACGGAGGAAGAGAAGACGACGGGGGUGUGGUAUAAACAGCUGGCCGCGGGGGCCGUGGCAGGAGCCGUGUCUCGCACCGGCACUGCACCACUCGACAGGAUGAAGGUCUUCAUGCAGGUGCACUCGUCCAAGACCAAUAAGAUCAGUCUGGUGGGCGGCUUCAAGCAGAUGGUGAAAGAGGGGGGCGUGGCUAGUCUGUGGAGGGGGAAUGGGGUCAACGUCCUGAAGAUCGCCCCCGAGACCGCCAUCAAGUUCAUGGCCUAUGAACAGUAUAAGAAGCUGCUAGGGCAGGAGCCAGGCAAGGUGAAGCCUCAUGAGAGAUUCAUGGCCGGAUCCCUCGCAGGAGCCACUGCACAGACUGCCAUUUACCCUAUGGAGGUGAUGAAGACGCGUCUGACGUUGAGGAAGACUGGCCAGUACUCGAGCAUGGCGGACUGUGCCAAGAAGAUCCUGAAGAAGGAGGGGCUGAAGGCCUUCUACAAGGGCUACGUCCCCAACAUACUGGGCAUCAUACCUUACGCAGGCAUAGAUCUGGCUGUCUAUGAGAGUCUGAAGAACGCCUGGCUGUCCCACUAUGCUAAGGACACGGCUAACCCAGGGAUUCUGGUGCUGCUGGGCUGUGGCACCAUCUCCAGUACCUGUGGCCAGCUAGCCAGCUACCCACUAGCGCUCAUACGCACACGCAUGCAGGCCCAAGCGUCUAUUGAGGGCUCGGAGCAGGUGAACAUGAAUAAGCUGGUGAAGAACAUCAUCGAGCGCGACGGGAUGCUGGGGCUGUACCGCGGCAUCCUGCCCAACUUCAUGAAGGUCAUCCCCGCCGUCAGCAUCAGCUACGUGGUGUACGAGUACAUGAGGAGCGGCCUGGGCAUCUCCAAGUGAAGACCCCACCCACCUCACGCUGAUGUUGUUGUUUACACAUAUUGGGUUUUUUUAGUGUGCGUGCGUG